UCUUGCUACUGCGCAUGCGCAUAUCUCAUCACCAAGGGGUGGCUGUUUAACCGGAGGCAGUAAUGGUCCUCAAGCCGGUUUGCCAACCGCCACAAGCCGCUCGAAGGAAGAAGAAGCAGCAGCUGCACGAUGGCGGCGCCCGUUGGUGUCGGUGUGCCGGUGUCUGAGCCGAGCGAGCCCGCUGACAGACCGAACCGGAGCAGGGAGGACGGGCAAAAACGACCACAGUUCGGGACUCGCUUCCUCACAGACCCCCGACAGGUCUUUCAGCACAAUGCCUGGGAUAAUGUGGAAUGGUCCAAGGAACAGGAGGAGGCCGCUCAGAAGAAAGUACAGGAGAACAACCAGCCUCUGCCAGCAGAGAGACAAGAAGAGUUUGACAGGAAAGCUAAUGAGUACUGGAAUGCCUUCUACACUAUCCAUGAGAACCGCUUCUUUAAGGACCGUCACUGGCUCUUCACUGAGUUCCCUGAGCUUGCCCCUCAGCAUAAAGAACCCAACAGCUCCACAGAGCAGACUUCAGAUGAGCCCAGAGAAAAUGCAUCAAACCUGGAAAUAAAUGGUGAAGAGAAUCCAGUCCUGCACCUAGAAAAAACAGCAUUUCCUGGAGCCUCAGCUUCCUAUCGCAUUAUGGAGGUUGGCUGUGGAGUGGGCAAUACAGUCUUCCCAAUUCUCAAGACCAACAAUGAUCCAGGUCUUUUUGUGUACUGCUGUGAUUUUUCCAGCACAGCUGUUGAUCUAGUCAAGUCUAAUCCAGAGUAUGACCCAUCUCGCUGUCACGCCUUCGUGCAUGACUUGAGUGAUGUGACGGAUGUGUAUCCAAUGCCAGAGCAGAGCCUCGAUGUCAUUGUACUUAUAUUCGUCCUCUCCGCUCUGCAUCCUGACAAGAUGCAGAGUUCUAUCAGUAGACUUGCUUGCUUGCUCAAACCAGGGGGAGUUCUCUUACUGCGGGACUAUGGACGCUACGACAUGGCCCAACUUCGAUUUAAGAAAGGAAGGUGUUUAUCUGAAAAUUUCUAUGUCAGAGGAGAUGGAACACGGGUCUAUUUUUUCACUCAGGAAGAGCUGCAUGAGCUGUUUGUUGGAGCUGGUCUGGAGAAGGUGCAGAACCUGGUGGACCGGCGCCUCCAGGUGAACAGAGGAAAGCAGCUGACCAUGUACAGAGUGUGGGUGCAGUGCAAGUACCGCAAGAACCAUAUGCCUUCACAAGAACCUGCAGCUCAGGACAGGAGCAGAGAACAGUGAACACUAAUGUGACUGGAGGGUGUCAGUGACUUCCUGUCAUGGUUUCUGUGCUUAUGUUGUUCAUCACUGGGACACAGAGUAUGAGUCAUGAGUAAGGCAGAAGAUGAACCAGCAAGGAGAAGAAUAUGGUGGGAGGGCUUUAAAUCCAUUCAUUCCUUAGUGCCCACUGGCCCCAAUGGACAAAUAGCAAGGUUUCUUGCUUUUAAAACAUCUUAAAUAUUUUUACUUAAAUUUAUAUCUGAAAUAAAAGAUGGCAUGCUUUUAACAGA